AUGGAUUUAAGAGUGGGCAAGAAAUAUCGGAUUGGACGUAAGAUUGGAUCAGGUUCAUUUGGAGAUAUUUACUUGGGGACGAAUAUCAUAUCAGGUGAAGAGGUUGCUAUUAAAUUAGAAAACACCAAGGCAAAGCAUCCACAAUUGGAAUAUGAGGCUAAGGUGUAUAAGGCAUUGAGUGGAGGGGUAGGAAUUCCGUUUGUUAGAUGGUACGGUACUGAAUGUGAUUACAAUGCGAUGGUAAUUGAUUUAUUGGGGCCUUCGUUGGAGGAUCUCUUCAAUUAUUGUAAUCGUAAGUUCACAUACAAAACUGUAUUGUUGUUAGCAGAUCAGUUGAUUUGCAGAAUUGAAUAUAUUCACGCUAGAUGCUUCAUCCAUAGAGAUAUCAAGCCCGAUAACUUUUUAAUGGGUAUAGGUAGAAGAGGAUCGCAGGUGAAUGUUAUCGAUUUUGGUUUAGCCAAGAAAUAUAGAGAUCCAAGAACUCAUUUACAUAUUCCUUAUAGAGAAAAUAAGAACUUGACCGGUACCGCCAGAUAUGCAUCGGUUAACACCCACUUGGGUAUCGAACAGCUGAGGAGAGAUGAUUUGGAAAGUUUAGGCUAUGUGUUGAUUUACUUUUGCAGGGGCUCAUUGCCAUGGCAAGGGUUAAAAGCUGCAACUAAAAGACAGAAGUACGACAGAAUCAUGGAAAAGAAGAUGACUACCCCUAAUGAUAUUUUAACCAAGGGAUUACCAAAAGAAUUUUUGGAUUACAUGAAUUACAUUAAGACAUUAAGAUUCGAUGAUAAACCUGACUAUCCAUACUUGAGAAAGAUUUUCAGAGAUCUAUUUAAGAGGGAAAAUUACAGAUAUGAUUAUGUUUUCGAUUGGACAUUAUACAAGUUCCAACAAGAAAAACAAAGGGAACAAUCACAGGUAACAGAUGAACAACAAAAUAAUAAUGAUCAACAACAACAGCAACAACAACAGCAGCAACAGAUACAACAACAACCUCCACAGUUACCACCACAAGACAUAAAUCAACAACAUGCUAUACCUCAGAACAUGCACCAUACUCCUCCAUCGCAAAACCAAACCCUCCAGCAACCUGUUUCUGUGCCAUAUAACUCACAAUCUACACAACAACAACUCAACCCUAUUUAUCAACAGAAACCGAAAGUUAGAAGAAUGCCUGAAAAUUAUUCAAAUGUUAAUAGUAACCAACGCUUUAAUAGUCCUUCUCAGGAUGAUUCAAAACUUAAAGUUGCCCGUCGUAUAAAUGAUAAUCAAAGUCUGCAAGCUCAGCAGGCUUCAUCAAACAAUCUUUCUACUUGGCUUUAG